AUGCUUUUUUAGUAUUUUAUUUCAUAAGUGAUAUAGUUUUGUACAAUAUUAUUAAGAAUCAUUUGUAGAUAAACAUGGAGCCCACUCUUUAUUAUAUUAAGAAUAGCUGCCACCUCAAUAAAGAUCCAAUAUUUAACUUAGGAAGCGCUAAUACAAGAUCUGUUUCAGCACUGCCUGACUUUAUUGGUAAAAGAAGAGCAGAGCUGUUGUUCAGGUUAAGGAUAUGAUCAUUAGAACGAUAACUUAAUUAAUUGCAAUUAUCAAUCCCAAAAGAAAAAUGCUGCAUUUUAAUUGGCCUGUUCCAAAUAUAAAAUGUUUAAUGAGGAAUAAAGUUGGAGAUUCAGUACACUAAAUUCAUUUCCAUAUAACAACUCACGUACAUAAAAUGACACCAUUUUGAAUUCUAAAACAAUUAAUGCCUUGAAAAAUUUUUCAUAAUGA